CACGGAACAACAUUGUUGCACACUUUUGUGGAGGUAGGUACAGAAAGUAUACGACAAGUACGUAUUAAAUAUACUUGCAGAGCUGCCGAAGCGAUACACACAACCCCAGAGCAGCAGCCCCUCUCCGUUCAAUUUAGUUAGCAAGCACCACAAGCGAACUCGCGCUUGUUUUAUACACAUCCAGCGUCGUCGCCGCGUUCCGCACUCCGUUCGCCGCACACCGAAGAAGCGAGAGACUGACUGCGGUUCACCCGUCUUCGUAGUCGUAGUCGUUGUCGUGGUCGUCGUUGGCGGCGAUGUGCAGUUUUUCUUAAAAUAUCUUUCCGCUGAUUACCCCGUCAGUCGAUCGAAUACCCGCGCAGUCAAUGUAGAACGAGUUGUGUAUUGGAGGUGAACGCGGUUUGUUUUCAUGUGCCGUGCCGUCCGUCGUCUUGUUCGCGGCGGGGUCAAUCGAAUUGCCGAAUUUGGCCCGAAUCGGGACACAUUGAUAGGAGAACAUCGACGUCUAUCAUAAGCUUUUGUUCGGUUUAUCAAUGACCGUGAGAACUGUGAGUGAGCGGAAUACGUAGGUGAAGUCGGUAAGAAGAUGUGCGUUGAUCUCGUAUUUCGAUAAUGAUAACGAUUGAGUGUUGUUUAUCUGAUACGAGGGCGGAUUACAUCGAUAAGCGAUUGUGACGAGUAGAAGCAGUGUAUCGGUGUUGAACCUAGAGAAUGUGAAAAAGGCAGAAGGGUUUAUGUAAUGAUAAAUAGAGAGAAACCGUAUGUAGCUGCAUCCCUAGACGGCGGUCCUAGACGAGUAUUCCGCAGAUGGAGCGUAGCUGAAAACUUGUUGCAUGCUUCGUACGGUAACGGGCACGCAAUGCUUCUUCUUAUCGGGUACUCGAGUGUGUGUGCGUCUGCGAAGUGUAUCAGCAGAGGCAUCUAACGCAAGCCGUUUAAAUUAAUCUAAUAAAAGUGACAACGAUUCGCCGCCGUCCCCGUGCCGCCGUCGAUGCCUUCGUCCAGUGCUGCAUCGAUUGUAACAAAACGGCACUUGAAGUUAACCGCAGUUACUGUAGUGUAGUGUAGUUUGAAUAAGUGAGCUUCCACCGAGCUGACCUUCCCUGUGCUUACAGUUCACCCUCUUCGAUGAGCGCGGCGCGAUUCGUCAAGUACGUCGUUGAUUGACGGCUCAUGAAAGCCCCCAACUCCACUGCUGGUGCUGCUGCGAGUUUAGUGCUUCAGAACUGUCAAGAGUUUUGAUUGUGUGAUCAAUACGUAAAAGAAAGUGCACAUCCGACUGCAGCGUUGUUGCGGCGUUGCACCACCGUUUCAGUUGGAGUAACAACAAAGUAAUCGAAGUCUCGCUCGGCCCGGCCGAUAUGGCCAGAAGGAACCUGCUGCUGCUGCCGCCACCUCUCGGGCAGAGGUAUGCUCGCAAAAGGCAACAGCAAGAAAACUGUUCCUAGCAGCAGCAGGUCGGUACACGGUGUAAUAACAAACAGCCAGCGCACGGCAUCAGCCAGCAGUAGAAGCAGAAGCCAAUUCAAGUAUCAAACGGCGACGACGAGGACGACGACGAAGAGACGCGCAAAACGUGAAUCGAACCGAGUAAAUACCAUAUUCGUGGAGAGUGGGUUGAGGAUCGAAGCCGUGUGUUUCGCGGGUAGUGGAAGGGAAGCGACGCAGUGUGUCGUGCAGUGCAACUUUGUAGUGUGAGAAACGCGUUUGCAUUCAGUGCACUGAAGUGUUUUUUUUUCUCUCUGUGGGCCGAGCGAAAGAAGAUGUUGUGACUGGGAUGGUUUCAGUGUUUAAAAGCGAAGAAUGUUGAUUUCAAUUAGUGAGUGAUCUAGUACAGCUCGCGCUAACUACUGUGUGAUCUUUAUGGUUGCAGAUGGUGUUGAGUAGUGUUUUGAUUCGAAACGACGGAAUUUUCUGCGGUUUGAUUUGUUUUUGGACACCGCAUGGAAGCUACCAGCUAGCUCGCCGCGUAUGUAAAUGGCAUCAAAAACAAAAAUAAUGAACGAGGGGAGCAGAACAUGUGUUAGGUACCUACUGCCCUGUACGGCCGAGCGAGCGCGUGUUGGUGAACGAGAAUGAACCGGAACCACCACCGGCGGAGCCGGAUCGGAGCAGCGAGAGAAUCGAAAUGAACCGAACGCCUCUCUCACAGCAUCGCAUCAUCGCAUACACGCGGAAGCUAGCAGCUCCAACUACUUUUUGCAACGUCGUCGUCGUGGUCGUCUUCGUCGUAUGGGAGGUAUUAUACCUAGAGUGUAGAUGCGGAUAUUUUGCUGUGAUGCUUUUUUCUUGUUGCUGUUGUUGUUUCUGGCGCGAGCACGAGGAGGUUCGGGGAGCAGCUACACUACAUCAGCGCGCAGUCCUCGCCGUGUUGUGGUGUGCAACUCUUUGGGUACAAACCGUUCAGGCGUUCAGGCAGGCCAGGCGUUCGGCGGCGCGCAGUGUGUUCGUCGUUGUCGUCAUCGAUGCACUUGGUUGUUGCAGUCCGGUCCGCGUUGUAGCACAAACUGGCAGUUAGUUUAUUCGCGACGGCAUCCGAGCGUGGAUCGUGGUGCGCUGGAAUCCUCUUUCCCUUCCGGGUGAUAGACGAGAGUUCAGUUCGGUUGUAGUUUUGUGGGGCAGUAAUCAGAGAAGUGUAGCUCCUCGACAGCAGCGGCGGAAGAAUACAUCAACGAGAUUAUAACUUUGUGUCAAACGUGUGCGCGGUUCGGUUGGUUUGUUUGGAACACUGCGCGGAGAAGUGUGUAGGCGAUCGCUUGAUCGCGAUUCGAUCAUCUGCGUAAUCUGUAGCGUGCGCGCUCGGCGCUGGACUCUCGCAGGACUGGGUGCUGCUGGUAGAAAGAUCUAAUCUGCGCUGCAGUUUUUGCGACGGCACGUGCCUGCACUUGAGAAAAUAGUUUUCCUCCGCGGGUUGCAGCAAGUGAGCAACGGGGAGUGAGUGAGGCGACGGCGCUGCAACUUUGUCGAGCUCAGACGACGAAGCCCCGAGUUGUACUUCCGUACUUCUAUUUCUGGCACGGACCGUAGCGGUUGUUGGCGGUGUCGUGCGUCGUCGUGUGCUUCACAGUCAGUAGUGUGGCAGAUAUUAUGAACCAGUAGUUGACAGUAUCGUGUAAGUUCGAUCGUAUAUCUCAUCACCGUCGUCGUCGUCCGUAUUUUUAAUCGGAGAAAAGUAGCUGACGAAGAUUGCUGGUGGUUCAAAAAUCCAAAUAGCAAAGUGUGAUCCUCAUAAUCGAAGAAACGCGUGUGUUGUUUGAAUUCUCCCGAUAAAGAGCAAGAGAGCGACACGAGAGUGUGCGGUCUUCUGAUCCAAGCCGCUACGGCUGGCAAACGCGAUAGCAGCAGGUCCAUCGUCGUCAGUCUCUCGGGCAAGGUUUGAUUAUAUUUUGUUGUCGUUUUGAAUAAAAAAGAGGCACACAUUUUUCGGAUUCGCUUGCCUCCGCUGCUUCGCGCGCCGGCGUUUUAUUUCUGUUUGCACGCGGAUUUUUUGAAAUCUCGUUUUCGAAUUCCGCUGCCACGAUAGAUAGGGCAGCAGCAGUGAGACGUGUCAUCAAAGCGCAGAAAAGGGAGAAAGCGCAACGAAGAGCGCACCUAGCCUAGAGCAGUGAACAAUACUGAUAAAAUUUAGAAAAAUAAUAAAAAAAACGCCAAUCGAAGGCAUACCGCCGUCUACCAGUUGUGCGUGAAAGUGCAUACCGUCGGCUCGACAGUGUCUGUCUAGAACCCGUCAAACCGCAGUCAAACGAAACAGUUAAAAAAAAGUUCACCUGAACACUAGUACACGCACUUGUUGUAUCAAUUUGUACGGGCGGUGGCGUAUGUGAAAAAUAAAGAAAAGUUACUCCUACAUGUGAUUUACGAGUGUUGCGGUAUCUGUUGAUAGCAGCGGCUUGGAACCGGUCCACAUUGUCACUGUGCUUAAAUAAGAAGAGACCACAGCAGCAGUGUGUUGUGUAACUGUUAUCUGAGGAGAAACUCGAAGAAGCUACAUCGUAAGCAGCAGUCGUCCAGAUUUGAUCAAGACCGACCGCUAAACAGACCUUUCCAAGCCAACGCGUUGAACUUGAGAAAUCUCAUCCAACGGAACAACCCACCACAAGUGUCGAUACCGUUUGCCCUCUGGUCUCCGUUGUUGUUGUUCUUACUAUUGAACAUGUUUGUUACCCACUCGAUGCUUCCUCGUGGACGAUUGUUGUUGUUCGGUUGCUACCAGCAUGACCAAGCCACUGGCGUUUGAGGAAGUGUGCGUUUCUUCGUUCUAAAUCGGUUUUCUGAAUUGCGCAUCGUCUCCGAAGGGUGUGUCCAGGUGCAUUGUCUCCCAACUGACCUGAUCCCGACAAUAUCGAGCACUAAGGUUUUCAUAAUAACUAGUUGUUGUUCUAGUAGUAGUCGAAAGGAAAGAAGGAGAGUUCUUUUAGAGUGCGAUAUUCCGUGAGUUUGUGUGACCGGCGAUAGAGAAGCCCUGACGCGCGCUUGCAGACGAUUGUCAAUCGGAAACUGACCUGAUUAGAGAUUCCAUUACAAGAGUACAUAGAGCCUAAGCAAAACAAAAAGUUUUUCCACACGGUUGAUGGUUUCGGAAGACCGUUGGAUGGUAAAGAUGUCUGAAGCAGGGUACGACAGCCGAACCGACGCCAGUGGAGCGUCCAGCAGUAGUUUGAACCCCCGAACGCCACCGAACUGUGCCCGCUGCCGCAAUCACGGUCUCAAGAUCGGCCUGAAGGGACACAAGCGCUACUGUAGGUAUCGCCACUGCAGCUGCGAAAAGUGCUGCCUGACGGCGGAGCGGCAGCGGGUCAUGGCCCUGCAGACGGCCUUGCGGCGGGCGCAGACCCAGGACGAACAGCGGUUGCUCAUCGACGGAGAGGUGGCUGCUGAACCGGUACAUAACCUUCAAAUACCCAAAUUGUCUGACCUAAAAGACAUGCUCCAUAAUUCUCAGCAGCGGUCGUUGAUUGACUGCGACUCGUCCACCGGCUCGAUGAACUCCACCCAGGGCAGCUCGCUGGUGCCGCUGGCCCAGCACCGAAGAUCACCCUGCAGCGCCGCAUCGGUACAUCCCAGCGAGGCACAGCACAACGUUGCAGGUAAGUGGGGUCUCAAUAUUGUACAGGGUUGGAACUAUACAUCGAAGUCAGUUUCUGUGUUCAUUUUAGAUAAAUUUCUUCUGCUGCAUCUUUGGUAGCGGCAAAUUUGAAAGCAUAAAACCGUAAAAAGACAAGUCUUUGCAGAAUCCUCUACGGUUCCUUAGCAAAAUUCUCUCGGCUUCUUAAUAGAAUUCUUUGUGAAAUCCUCUCAGGAUUCUUUGCAGAACCCUCUCUGGAUUCUUUGCAAAAUCCUCUCAGGAUUCUUUGCAGAAUCCUCUCUGGAUUCUUUGCAGAAUCCUCUCAGGAUUCUUUGCAGAAUCCUCUCUGGAUUCUUUGCAGAAUCCUCUCUGGAUUCUUUGCAGAAUCCUCUCAGGAGUCUUGGCACAAUCCUCUCAGGAUUCUUGGCACAAUCCUCUCAUG